UUGUUUAGCAUUAGUCUUGUUAACGGGUUGUGUUUUUACAUUUCUUUGGGCAUUAUUUGUAAAACCUACAUACAUACAUGUGUGUAGUAAUAUAAAUUAUAUCAACAAAAACAAAAACAAAAACAAAAAGUUUAUCGUUAGUUACAAAAUGAAAAAAUAUACGCCAUUAACUAGCCUAUUAUUGUUGUUGGUCAUCAACGCAAGUUUCUUUGAAAGCUUGAAUGGCGCCAAAAUUUUGGCAAUUUUUCCAUUCAGUGGGCGCUCACAAUAUAUCUGUGCGGAGAAUUACUUGAAAGCAUUGGCAGCUAGAGGUCAUAAUGUUACUGUAAUUUCCGCAUUUCCACAAGCGAAGCCUUUGCAAAAUUUUAACGAUGUCCCAAUUGUUUUCGAGUCGCACGAUUGGAGCGAUAUCAUUUUAGAUGGGAAUUUUCCGUCGAUUAGCACAUGGGAAGCGUUAGAUUUGGGCAUCGAUUUUUUAACUUCAUCCACACGAAAAGUGCUGGAACACCCAGAAGUACAGAAAUGGCUAACCAAUGGUGAUACAUUUGAUCUUCUCAUUGUAGAAGCGCUAGAACAGGAUGCUCUCUAUGCAUUGGCACAUCACUUCAAAGCGCUACUCGUUGGCGUAUCCAGUUUUGGCACCGAUAUACGUAUUGAUGAGUUAGUGGAUAAUGUAUCGCCACUCUCUUAUAUACCGGCAGUGACAAGCCAUUUCACCGAUCACAUGAAUUUUUACCAACGCCUAGAAAGCUUAUAUAUAUCUGUUUUAGAUAUGUUGCAUUACCAUUACAAGAUUUUACCUUUGCAAUAUGACUUGUAUAGGGAAUAUGUUAAAAAUCCAACCACCGAUUUCAUGGAAAUUCGAAAAAAUUUUUCACUUCUGCUGCUGAAUCAACAUUUCUCAAUAGGCCUACCACGUCCAUACGUACCGAACGCAAUCGAAGUAGCUGGUUUUCAUAUAAGCCACAAACCCAAAAGCCUACCCACGGACAUGGAAGAAUUCAUCAAUGCCUCUGCAAAUGGUGCUAUCUAUUUCUCACUGGGCUCAAAUAUAAAUAGUAAAAAUUUGUCUAAAGAAAAAAUUAGCAUUUUAAUGAAGGUUUUUGCUGCACUACCCUACAACAUACUCUGGAAGUUUGAAGCACCGGAGUUACCUGGAAAACCGAAAAAUGUAUACAUCAGUAAAUGGUUUCCACAAGCCGACAUUUUAGCGCAUCCCAAGGUGAAACUAUUCAUAACACAUGGCGGCCUAUUGAGCACAAUCGAGACAAUUCAUUAUGGUAAGCCGAUAGUGGGCAUGGCCAUUAUGUAUGAUCAAUUUAUAAAUAUGGUACGCGCAGAGGCGAAAGGUUUUGCUUUGAGUAUCAAUUUCGGCGAAUUCACGGCCGCUGGUUUGAAGAGUGCCAUAUUGGAGGUGUUGCAGAAUCCAAAGUAUGCGCAACGUGCUGCAGAGAUUUCACGCUUGUAUCAUGAUCAACCGAUGAAGCCGUUGGAGCGGGCCAUCUAUUGGACGGAAUAUACUUUACGACAUCAUGGCGCACCACACAUGCGUGUAGCUGCAAGGGAUCUAAAUUUUUUUGAAUAUCAUAGCAUAGACACAAUUACGGUGCUAUUUGGUGUACCACUAUGUCUACUCGUGUUUACCUUAUGGCUAAUGUAUAAAUUAAUGAAAAUAAUUGCAAGAAGCUGGAAUGUACAAAAUAAGAAGGAAAAGGUGAAUUAGGUAUUGACUAAUGUUUCUGAUGGUAUUUUCAAUAUACAAUUACACACAUAUUUAUUUCCUUUAAAAGUGUACAUAUAAUAUAUGACGACAUGUACAAAAAUAUAGAUUUUUUUUAUAAUUUACAAUAAAAAUUCUA